CCGUGCGCGCGGCCGACCCGGGGCGCGGCGGGGGCGGGGCCGCGGCGGGAGGCGCGGGCCCCGCGGGGGCGGCGCGUGGAUGGAUCCGCGCGUGGCCUGGAUCCAGCCGGAGCAGAAGGGGCCGGCCAAUGCCCUGUGGAUGCAGAUCUGGGAGACCUCGCAGGGCGUGGGCCGCGGCGGCGGCUCCGGCUUCGCGUCCUACUUCUGCCUCAACUCGCCGGCGCUGGACACGGCGGUCGCGGCGGGGGUGGCCGGGCGGGGCGGCGGCCUGGGCUCCGCGCUGCCCGCCGCGUCACCCCCGCCACCCGCGCCGGGCCCCGCCGCGCUGCCCCCCGCGCUGCUGACGGCGCUCGGGCCGGCGGCCGAGGGCGCCCGGCGCCUGCACAAGUCACCGUCGCUGUCGUCCUCGUCGUCGUCCUCGUCCAACGCCGAGUCGGGCACCGAGAGCCCCGGCUGCUCGUCAUCGUCCUCCAGCAGCGCCUCGCUCGGCCGGCCGGGCGGCGCCUUCUUCAGCUUCGCCGACGGCGCGCCCAGCGGCCCGGGCGCGGCCAACGGGCACCCCGGGCCUCGCGGCCCCGCGCCCGCCGGCUCCCCGCCGCAGCACCAGUUCCACCCGGGCCGGCGGAAACGCGAGAACAAGGCCAGCACCUACGGCCUCAACUACCUGCUGUCCGGCAGCCGCGCGGCCACGCUGAGCGGCGCGGGCGGCCCCGGGGCCCAGGAGCCGCGGCCCGGCACGCCGUGGAAGAGCCGCGCCUACAGCCCGGGCAUCCAGGGACUGCAUGAGGAAAUAAUUGACUUUUAUAACUUCAUGUCCCCUUGUCCUGAAGAAGCAGCCAUGAGAAGAGAGGUGGUGAAACGGAUUGAAACUGUGGUUAAAGACCUCUGGCCCACAGCUGAUGUGCAGAUAUUUGGCAGCUUUAGUACAGGGCUCUAUCUUCCAACAAGUGACAUAGACCUGGUGGUCUUUGGGAAGUGGGAGCGUCCUCCUUUGCAGUUGUUGGAGCAAGCUCUGCGGAAGCACAAUGUGGCUGAGCCGUGUUCCAUCAAAGUCCUUGACAAAGCUACAGUACCGAUAAUAAAACUCACUGAUCAGGAGACUGAAGUUAAAGUUGACAUCAGCUUUAACAUGGAGACUGGUGUCCGGGCAGCAGAGUUCAUCAAGAAUUACAUGAAGAAAUAUUCAUUGCUGCCUUACUUGAUUUUAGUAUUGAAACAGUUCCUUCUGCAGAGGGACCUGAAUGAAGUUUUUACAGGUGGAAUUAGCUCAUACAGCCUCAUUUUAAUGGCCAUCAGUUUCCUGCAGUUGCAUCCAAGAAUUGAUGCCCGGAGAGCUGAUGAAAACCUUGGAAUGCUUCUUGUAGAGUUUUUUGAACUCUAUGGAAGAAAUUUUAAUUACUUGAAAACUGGUAUUAGAAUAAAAGAAGGAGGUGCCUAUAUCGCCAAAGAAGAGAUCAUGAAAGCCAUGACCAGUGGGUACAGACCGUCGAUGCUGUGCAUUGAGGACCCCCUGCUGCCUGGAAAUGACGUUGGCCGGAGCUCCUAUGGGGCCAUGCAGGUGAAGCAGGUGUUUGACUAUGCCUACAUUGUACUCAGUCACGCUGUGUCACCGCUUGCCAGGUCCUAUCCCAACAGGGAUUCUGAAAGUACUUUAGGAAGAAUCAUCAAAGUAACUCAGGAAGUGAUCGACUAUCGGAGGUGGAUCAAAGAGAAGUGGGGCAGCAGAAUCCACCCGUCGCCAGACCUCGACAACAGGAUUAAGAUCAAAGAGCGAGUCACCACGUGCAAUGGGGAGCAGACACAGAACCGAGAGCCUGGCUCGCCCUACAGCCAGCGCCUUACUUUGUCCCUGUCCAGCCCCCAACUCCUCUCUUCAGGCUCUUCUGCUUCAUCCGUGUCCUCACUUUCUGGAAGUGACAUUGACUCGGACACACCACCGUGCACCACACCCAGUGUUUACCAAUUCAGCCUACAAGCACCAACUGCUCUGAUGGCCAGCUUACCUGCUGCCUUGCCAAUACCCGCUGGCAAACCUCAGCCCACUACUUCAAGAACGCUGAUUAUGACAACCAACAAUCAGACCAGGUUUGCUAUCCCUCCGCCGACCCUUGGCGUUGCCCCUGUUCCUUGCAGACAGGCUGGUGUGGAAGGAAGUGCGUCCUUGAAGGCUGUCCGUCAUGUGUCUUCCCCAGCCAUUCCCUCGGCAUCCCCCAACCCACUGUCCAGUCCUCAUCUGUAUCACAAGCAGCACAAUGGCAUGAAACUAUCCAUGAAAGGCUCCCACAGCCAUGCCCAGGGUGGGGGCUACAACUCUGUGGGCAGUGGAAGCGUGCGCCCCCCCGUGGGCAAUCGGGGACACCAUCAGUACAACCGUACUGGCUGGAGGAGGAAAAAGCACGCACACACGAGGGACAGCCUGCCUGUGAGUCUCAGCAGAUAAUGGCUCCUGGCUGCGCCCACCCCCAACUGCCCGGUGGCCUUGGGCACUUCAGGGGAACCAAGACCAGCAUCCAGCACCUCAGCUGCAGGCCGGAGUGCCUGCCCCGCCCACCGCUGAUCACUCUGCAUGUUCCUUUGUGUGGUGGUCGCGUCCAUCUUCCAGAACAGCUCCUUGUGCUCAUCUGUGAAGCCUUACUAAACAUGGACGUGUGUCUACCUGCCCAGAGUCUCCAUCCGCCCCAGCAGGGCGGGCUGGGGAGCACAGGGACGGGAAUGUGCUCUUGUGGCUUUACAGCAGCCAUGCCUGCUCCUUGGUGGUUCAGAGCUUCUGUUUUGUGUCUGUCACAGCAGCAGAGGAGUCAGGCCCUGUUCUCACGUCUUUCCUAGUGGGGAGGGUUGGAGGCCAUCAUUUUACUGCCCUCACGUCUUGUUUGAAACCUUGGAACUGUUUUUCUAUGUAAAUAUUGAAAACUUAUGAUUUGUGCAAUAACUCAGAUAUUUUUUAUUUAAUUUCAUAUUUUCACAUAAGUUAUAUUUAAAGGAGGAGGGAAUUUUUUUUAAAAAAGCUUAGAGCCUUUCCCAAGUUGCAUUUUCUAAGUUGGGUUCAUCGUGUUGGCUGGUUGUCUGAUGAGCAUCAUUACAAACACCAUGACAUGAGGGGUUUGGGGUUUUAUUUUUGUCUUUUCUUUUGGUCAGAUGCAAGUGAAGGAGCUGAGUGGCCUUGAUGGCUUUUGUAGGGUUCAGCUCUGGGGCCUCUGAUGAGUGCCCUGGAAGCCCUGCCGUGGGGCCUCAGGCUGUCCUGUUCUGACCAGGAGUUCUAACGUUUUGGUUUGGGUUCUUUUAAACUAGACAACAAAUCCAGCAUUUAAAGUGCCAGAAGUAUAACUUUCUAAGGGGAGAAAAGGUUGUCACAUUAUAAUAUCUUUAAGCAAAUGUGAAUGUGGAAAUGCUUCAGUCCGCUUUCGUGACAUGGCCUGUAAUGAUGGGCCUGGUGAGUAUCAUUACAGACAAUGGCACCCAGUUUUAGGAAUGUGGAGAAAGGAAUUACGUUGAUUCCAUUGAGGAAUCUGCAUAGCAGUAUGCAUUCGUUCUGUUAAGAGCAAAUACCGAGAAGUACCUCCGCUGCUCAGGGCAUGUGGGGGGUAUUUUAAUGUAUUGCAGGAGAGCACAGCCCAGCAUGGGCCCAGAAGCAGCUGGUGCCUGGCGUCAGAAGCAUACAGGUGUACUAUGCAAGUGUAUUCUGCCACAACAACCACUGUCUUUGUAACCUUUUUUUGAACAAGAAUAUAUCCAUCCUGCCUAACCCUGAGUUUUCAGAGCACCACAGUUCUGGGAGUUGGUUGCAUCUUGUAGGCCCUCUGACUUCCCGUUUUUAAAAUGGGGUGUUCUGGCCCCACUAAACACUACAGGUAGGUCGGUCUUUGAAGGCCACUAGUGCAGAAUGUUGAGACAAACUAGUUGCAGUGUCAUCUGACUGAUGAGCAGCAGUGGGAAUUCUAGAUCGACGACUGAAUCGGAUGGACACCCAGCCAGGACGGGCUCUGCGUGUCUGGGUCUGCCUCUUGAAGCAGGACUGGCCCAUGUCUUCACACCCUUUUGCUGGGCUGUCAACUAUGACCGUGGGCAUCCAGGAGGCAUUCCAGAGCAGAACAGCACACAGGGUCUGCAGUUCUUGACAAUUGGAAUCACCCAAAAUAUUUAAAAAUAUUUAAAUUGUGAACCUAUUGAUAAAGCAUAUUUAUAAACACUGAUCCGUAGGCCUGUACUAAUCUACGCGUUAGCAAUAUUGACUGUAAACCUACAUAAGGAAACCACUGGGGGGACCACGUCCCUUAGGUGCGCAUUUUAAAGCUCGAUCCAUAGACAGACACCGGUACCAUGUCCAUUCCUGUUGUGGUGAACCAAAUGAAUUGGCCUGGCUACCAACGUGGUCGUGCACUACAGGUUUAACAAGAAGAUAUCAUGUUUCGAUUUUUUUGUGUGUGGACAACAAUGUGGAAGCUAAAAUUGACAUAUUUUUAUGUAACGUUUUUCUAUUUGAUUUUUAAUAAACUUUGG